CUGGAGCUAGUCGGAGUGGCUGCGGCUGCUGCGGUUUGGUGCGUUGAUCCCGCAGACCCUUCGGGCAGGGUCCUCCCACCGGCUCCAGCGCCGCACACGCGUCCUCCCGCCCCGCAGACCCCGCGUGGUGCAACCCCGGCUGGAGCGGCUAUGCGCCUCAUUCAGAACAUGUGCACCAUCGCCGAGUAUCCCGCUCCGGGCAGCGCCGCCGCAGCCGCCGACUGCUGCCUGGGGGCGGCGGGGCGCCGCCUGGUCAAGAUCGCGGUGGUGGGGGCCAGUGGUGUGGGCAAGACCGCUCUGGUGGUCCGCUUCCUCACCAAACGAUUCAUUGGGGACUACGAAAGGAACGCAGGUAAUCUCUAUACCAGACAAGUCCAAAUAGAAGGUGAAACCCUGGCUAUUCAGGUUCAAGACACGCCAGGUAUUCAGGUCCACGAGAACGGCCUGCGCUGCAGCGAGCAGCUGAAUCGGUGCAUCCGCUGGGCAGACGCCGUGGUGAUGGUGUUCUCCAUCACCGACCACAAGAGCUACGAACUCAUCGGCCAGCUCCACCAGCACGUGCAGCAGCUGCACCCGGGUUCACGGCUGCCUGUGGUGGUCGUGGCCAACAAAGCCGACCUGCUGCACAUCAAGCAGGUGGACCCCCAGCUCGGACUGCAGCUGGCCAGCAUGCUGGGCUGCUCGUUCUACGAAGUGUCAGUCAGCGAAAAUUACAACGACGUCUACAACGCCUUCCACGUCCUGUGCAAGGAAGUGAGCCACAAACAGCAGCCCAGCAGCACACCGGAGAAGCGGAGAACCUCCCUCAUCCCCAGGCCCAAGUCCCCCAACAUGCAGGACCUGAAGAGGAGGUUCAAGCAAGCCCUCUCUGCCAAAGUGAGGACUGUCACCUCCGUCUGAAGCGGGGACACUCGAGGUCUGGUCUUCCCAGGAAGAGGGCCGGAGGUUCUUCCAGUGUAGGAAUGCUGGGUGCUGGCAGUCAGUCAUGGUUCUAGAAGGAGCUGGAGCAGAGGGGCCAGGUGGGGUCUGUGGGACUGCCACCAACAUGGAAGCAUUCUGGGCAGGGGGACAGAAUUGAGGCUGGACAAGCCCACUGAGCCACUCUGAGCAUGUGAAACGUGCUCUGCGUCUUUCCCUCUGGAGCGGGGAGGGCGGCAUAACCGCUUCGGAUUUUGUUCUUGACCUUGUAAAUGACGGUCAUUUGUAGUUUCCACAACUGUGUGGUUGACGGUGGGAAUGAGAGGACAGAUGAAACACUCCUAGCCUUUCCAUGUUUUGUCUUCUUUCUUUUUUCCCUUUUCUCCCCCACCCUCCUCCCCAUGAGGAAGGACUGCUGUUUCUCUUACACAUCUGACUCGCAUCUCUGGAAUGCUGAUUUUCUAACCCGAAGGACACCCAAGAUUUCUUCUUUAAAGAACAAGGAGGAAAAUACUACCCCCAACACCAAUAAAGGGCGGGCUUUAUGGGCCAGAUGUUACGUACAUGGAUGGAUAUCCGGGAGCUUAGACGUCGGGCAGGAAGGGCCGCUUCCUCCUGACACAGGAGGAGUAUGUCAAGUUGAGCACCUGUUAAAUGGUUGGAAACUCAAACUCUUCAGCCCCGGAUUUUGAGUAAUUGUGAGACUGUAUAAUUUUUAUCUUAUUUUAUUUUUUUAGCUGUUGAGUCAGGUACAGGAGAAAAACAAACUGUGUUCAUUGAUUUUGAUGCGAUUUGUGUAAAUGGCCCAGAGCAAUGACGUUGGGUUGUUUCCCAGGCCCGGCCGAGUGUGGCUUACGUAUGGAAAACACUGUCUUACAGCGAGUGAACAGGUACAGGGGCCGCUGCCAAAAUCCCCUACACAGAUGCACUUUAAAAAGCCACUCGUGCUUUGGCUUAAACUGUAAUUAAUUUAUUUUAUGUACAAUAAAUCUCAUUUUGAAAGAGCAGA